AUGGCUCCAUCGACGUGGGUUGUAAUUGGAGCUUCCCGGGGUAUAGGUCUCGAGCUCGUCCGUCAACUGCUCGAUCAGGGAAACCAGGUCAUCGCGGCUGUACGCAGCCCAGAGACGGCAAAUCACAUAUGGCAGUUGUCUGCAAAACAAACGAGACCUGCAGCCUGUUUGAUUGAGCAAUGCGACGUCACUGACGAGUCGAGCAUCGAUGCGUUUGUGAAUGCGAUGGGAAGGCUGGUUGCCAAGGGUAUGCGCCUUGACAAUAUUGUCUUGAACGCUGGAGUGCUGAAAUAUCCCAAUAGGGCAACCGAGAUAUCAUUUACCGACUUCGCCCUGCAUCUACAUACAAACACUAUUGGGCCUAUGAUCAUUGCGCAGAAAUUGCUAAAACUAAAUAGCGCGGCACCUCCGUCGAAGAUUAUAUUCAUUUCCUCUGAUUCUGGAUCAGCCUCGUUGUUUAGGGACCACGAAGAUGGAUUCGCCGCGUACGGGGCUAGCAAGGCCGCCUUGAAUCAAAUGCUGAGGCAUAUGGCCGCCGAACUCAAGAGAAAAGGGGGGAGCUAUGAGGAUGUCUGUGUUCUGGCUAUGCACCCGGGUGAAGUUCAGACUGACAUGGCCAACAUUGACCUGGACUGGGACGUGGAAGGAAUCAUUACUCCCGAAGAAAGUGUGACGAAAAUGUUGAAGGUGAUUGGAGAAAAAGGGAAGGAUGACAGUGGCACCUUUUGGUGCUGGGACGGGAGGGAGCAUCCCUGGUGA